GCCGUGGGGAGGACGUAUACACUGACUUUUGCUUUUGACAGCGCGUUUCUAUUCCAGCCCACUACAACUGCGAGCUACGACUACUACGCGGCUACUACGGGACUAGGACGCCAGCUAGAACCUAGAACCUCUUCAGAACCAUGGCAGAAACAGCCCCAGCUCCAGCGGCGGCGGCGCAAGCCAAGGCCCCCAAGAAGAAGUCCGUAGCCAAGCCCAAAAAGUCCGGACCCAGUGUUUCGGACCUCAUUGUGAAGGCGGUGGCAGCCUCCAGCGAGCGGAAAGGAGUCUCCCUGGCCGCGCUGAAGAAAGCCCUGGCCGGUAGCGGCUACGACGUGGAGAAGAACAACGCCCGCGUCAAACUCGCCCUCAAGUCUCUGGUGAAGAAGGGCGCCCUGGUCCAGACUAAAGGCACCGGAGCCUCAGGCUCCUUCAAAGUCAGCAAGAAGCCCGCAGCAAAGAAACCGGUCAAGAAAGUCGUGGCCAAGCCCAAGAAGCCAGCAGCCGCCAAGAAAGCUCCGGCCAAAGCGGCGAAGCCCAAGAAAGCGGCGGCUAAGGUGGCCAAGCCGAAGAAGGCGGCGCCCAAGAAGGUGAAGAAACCGGCGCCUAAGAAAGCGGCCAAGAGCCCGAAGAAGGUGAAGAAGCCGGCGGCUAAGAAAGUCGCCAAGAGCCCCAAGAAGGUCAAAGCGGCGAAGCCUAAAGCUGCAAAGCCUAAAGCAGCCAAGGCGAAGAAGGCUGCCAAGAAGAAGUAAAGAAGUGGAAGAGUGAAGGACUGUUUUUUACUUUUUUUUUUUUUGGAAAACUUUGUACUUUCUUUUUUUUUUU